UUCCCAUUCAAUGAACAUCCAGUUCUAAGAUUAAUUAAAGUCCUACUGGAGUAAUUAUGUUGACAACUACUCAAAAAUACAAGGAAACUAAGCUAGCAUUGGUAUAACUCUAAUUAACAUGCUUGAUGUAUCAAAUGCUUCACGAAUAUUUGAAUCAGGAUGCGGACCUGGAUUGACAAUUCCAACGAUACUCUUGAAUAAGCAAUUAAAUUGUGAGUUUGUUUCAACUGACAUAUCUGAAAACAUGGUUGAAUCUUCUAAGCAAAGAGUACUCAAUUUUUUAACAUUUCCGAAUGGAUAAUAAGAGUAAGAUUCAGAAAAUUUGUUUAAAUAAAUUUCUUGGAGGGCUGAAGUAGCCAACGCCGAGGAUUUAUCCUAAUAUUCUUCUGAUUAUUUCGAUAUAUAUUAUGGUGGAUUUAUUUUUCAUUUGGUAUUAAAUCCAAUCUCAGCAUUGAAAGAAGCAUACAGAAUUUUGAAACCUGGAGGUAAAAUUGGAUUCUCUGUUUGGGGUAGACGAGAAAUAGCUGACAAUUAUACACUUCUCAGAGCGACUGCUGCAGAACUUGGAUAUGUGUUCCCAAAGAGUCAUGACGCUUUCCAUUUAGGAUCAGAUAGGGCUGAACUAAAAUAAUUCCUAGAGAGUUUGGGAUUUAAGAAUAUCUGUAUGUAUUUUUUCAAAUUAAUUCUUAGUGUUAUGGUAUUAGAACACAGCAGCCAAUAGAUUUAAAGCUGAAUAAAUAAUAGAAGGUUAGAAUCCUGGUAUGAUUGAAUUUCUUUAAAAAGAUCAAGAGUUAUAUAAAUAAUUGUUAAUAAAAUUGGAUGAGAAAAUUCAGCAUAAAUUGACUGUGUUAAAUGAGCCAUUAAUGUAAGAUUGCUUAUUAGUUAUUGCAUAAAAAUGA